AUGACUACAGCUGGGGACAAGCCGAGGCAGCCUCUUGAAAGUCUGGGAAAGUCGCCAGUCGAUGUUACUAACGACUACAUCCGUGCCAUCUGCCAGCAUGCACUUGGUGUCAUUGAAACAAAAUACUCCAAAGCGUACAUUGACACGAUCGAGAAAGAAUACGUGCUCAGUGUACCGGGAAUCUGGAGCGAGAAGGCGCAAAACAAUACCCUGAUGGCUGCGACAAAUGCAGGAAUCUAUCCAGUGAGACUUGUCAAAGAACUGGAGACUGCUGCACUCUACACGAUCCACUCCCAAAAAAGCAUUGGCUUGGUUGCCGGCGAUGUUAUAAUUGAUUGCGACUGCGACGGAGGAACGGCGGAUCUGAUUUCCUACGAGACCUUCAACAUCAACCCGCUUGAGUUGAAAGAACUAGUUCCUUGCACAGGCGACUUGUAUGGCUCAAUUAUGCACAACCAUGCGUUCGAAGAUUGGCUCCUCCAUCAACUCGGCGAUACAUCGAUCUCUCAAAUUAAAGGAACCACGGACUAUCCUCGAGGAAUGAAGCUAUUUGAAGAGACUAUCAAGCGCACCUUUGUUUCGGAGCAGGAUGAGGGCCAAUACAUCUCGUUUCCUAGCGCCACGCUGGGAAAUAGUAGCAGUACCAGAAUCAAGAGAAAUUUGUUUGAAAUCACAGGCGCCGAUCUCAAAUCCAUUCUCACACCCAUUGUGAGCGGAGUUUGUCAACUGGUCUUUGAGCAACCGAGCUCCGUCAUCCUCUGUCGACAACUUCAAAGCACAUCUGAAUCGACCAUUGGUUCCAAGAUCAAGGCGGUUUUCCUUGUCGGAGACUUUGGAACUUCUACGGUUCUACUUUCCUGA